CCAAUCCCUUGAAUCGAUUUGAAUCCUUGUUUCUUUCUUCUCGAUUCCACCCUAAAUCAUUCUCAAUUCAAUUAUACAUACACAAAUUUGUAUCUAUAUAUAGAUAUUUAUAUACUCAUAAUAAUAUCGCUACCUAAUCCUGUUCGUCAUCGAAAUAAUCAUAUAUAUAUAUUAUAAUUAUAAUUAUAAAUAAAUUAGUUAAGCAACAUUGUGAUUGAAUUAUCAGAGUUUAUAUGCGGCGAUUUAUGGAAACAACAGGAGGUGAUUCAACGAAUUCUGAUGUCCAUUCAAAUCCUUCAUCUCCGACGGCGGCGUUACGGAGAACAAUUAGUAACAAUUCGUCAUCGCCGAGAACGACGUCGUCUCCGCCGUUUCCGAUUAUCAGGUUUUUACAAGCACCUGUAACUACUUUGAUUGAGUAUUCAGGUGUGUUAAGACCUAGGUCAAGUAAUAAUAAUGAUUAUAAUGAAUCUGAGUCUCUAAUUCCUGUUAAUAAUAGUAAUCACCGGAGUCAUGAUCAUGAAAGUAGGUCUAGUGGUUCCGGUAGAGUUAGUAAUGGUAGUACUACUGCUACUAGUAGUAAUGAUGGAGGUGAAAAUAGUACGGAUGAGGUUUCGAUCCGGAUAUUGACCGGUGGAGAGCAGGACGAACACCGUGGUGAGGCGGUGGAGCGUGGAGAGAGCGAGUCGGUUGAUUCUGGUGAUGUAACUGGUGGUGGUAAUGGUAAUGGUAAUGGUGGGAUUGAUAAUAGUAAUGGUAGUAAUAAUAAUAAUAAUAAUAAUAAUAAUAAUAAUAAUAAUAAUAAUAAUAAUAAUAAUAAUAAUAAUAAUAAUAAUAAUAAUAAUAAUAAUAAUAAUAAUGUGGAUACAGCAUAUCAGCAGAGGUAUGAUUUGCAGCAGGUUUCGAGAUGGAUUGAACAGAUUCUUCCGUUCUCGAUCUUGUUGUUGAUUGUGUUCAUUCGUCAGCACUUACAAGGUCUCUUUGUUACUGUCUAUAUAACUGCUUUCAUGUACAAAUCAAAUGAUAUUCUACGGAAGCAGACUGCUUUAAAGGGGGAGAGAAAGUUAUCUGUUCUGGCAGGGUAUUGUAUUCUUUUUAUGCUUCAUGUGAUUGGAGUUUACUGGUGGUACCAAAACGAAGAUCUUUGUUAUCCCUUGUUUAUGGUUCCCCCAAAAGCAAUACCACCAUUUUGGGACGCUGUAUUCACCAUCAUUGUAAAUGAUACAAUGGUACGGCAGGCUGCAAUGGCUUUUAAGUUGGUAUUGCUUAUGUACUAUAAAAAUGGCAGGGGCCAUAGUUUUCGUAGGCAGGGUCAAAUGUUGACUCUGGUUGAGUACACACUCUUAUUAUACCGUGCCUUCUUACCUGCCCCUGUCUGGUACCGUUUCUUUUUGAACAAAGAAUAUGGCAGCCUCUUUUCGUCUUUGACAACAGGCUUGUAUUUAACCUUGAAGCUCACAUCUGUUGUUGAAAAGAUUGGAUCCUUCUAUGCCGCAUUAAAGGCACUAUCACGGAAGGAGGUCAAUUAUGGAUCACAUGCAACGGUAGAACAGCAGGUGAGUGAGGCAGGAGACUUGUGUGCUAUCUGCCAGGAAAAGAUGCAGGCUCCAAUUUUGUUGCGUUGCAAACAUAUUUUUUGCGAGGACUGUGUUUCAGAAUGGUUCGAAAGGGAAAGAACUUGUCCACUAUGUAGAGCUUUGGUGAGACCAGCGGAUAUACGAUCAUUUGGAGAUGGCUCAACGAGUUUGUUCUUCCAGUUAUUCUAGACUUCCCAAGUUCCCAUGCAGACCGUUUGCUUUCUUCAAUAUCGUCCACGGAUUUUCCCAAAGUUAUAAUCUGUAUUAUUGCAGUUAUUUUUGGCAUCUUUUCCCCCGCUAAUUGUACAGUCGAGGAUUUCUUGUGCCCCUAAUUAUAGUGAUAUACUCACACACAUAUACAUACAUACAAUAUUACACAUGAGUGGAUUAUGUAAUACCAUUGUUAACGCUUUGUAUAUGGAAAUACGCUAUAAGUGUUUGUAUGGAUGAUUUCCACA